AUGCAGGGUCCCGUGUGCAUCCAAGCAGGCAAGAACCGAUUCCGCGCACCGCAACCACCGACCCCAAUCAAGAAUGGCACAUACGAUACUGACCGGGCCUUUGAUAUGUGCCCACAGCGCACAGUGAAUGGUUCUGAAGAUUGUUUGUACCUUGGUGUAUACUCGCGGCCAUGGAGGAAGGAACAGGCCCUAAGACCCGUACUCCUGACUUUCUACGGUGGAGGCUUCAUUCGAGGUUCAGCAUCGUUUGAUAUCCCGCCUUCUGGGUUCCCGGUCCUCAAUGUCAGCUCUUUAAACGACUAUGUGGUUGUGUACUCCAACUAUCGCACAAACGUGUUUGGCUUUCUCCCAGGCUCAAAGAUCGCAUCGCAUUCAGAUGUCGACUUGAAUCCUGGACUGCUGGACCAACAAGCUGCGCUCAAGUGGAUACAAAAUUACAUCGAGCAAUUCGGUGGCGACCCAAGGAACGUGACAAUAUGGGGCCAAUCUGCAGGAGGUGGAAGCGUAGUCGCGCAAACCAUUGCAACCGGAAACAAAGGGCUAAAGCUCUUCACCAAAGCAAUGAGCAGCUCUCCCUUCUGGCCAAAAACACCGCGAUACGACGCCCCCGAGUCCGAAGUCAUUUACCAGCAGACCCUCCGUGACGUCGGCUGCGCCAACUGCACAGACGAAAUCGCCUGUCUGAAAUCCGCCGAUCUGCAGCUCUUGCGAGACAGUGCACUCCGCCAAAGCACAAGUCUGCAAUACACCACCAGCGCAUUCACAUUCGGCCCCGUCAUCGAUGACAAGUUCCUCACUCAGCCCUUGUCCUCGGUCAUCACCAACGGCGCCCUAAACGCCGAGCUAGUCUUGACAUCCUACAAUCUGCACGAAGGCGAGAACUUCAUCCCUCCCGGCUUUACAAAAGCCAACACAAGCGCAACCGACGGCUUCAACUCCUCCGAAGCGAGUUUCGACUCCUGGAUCAGAGGGUAUUUACCAGGCUUCACACCCUCUGACAUCGACGCAGUCAAAGCGCUGUAUCCGGCUUCAGGCACAGCAGAGGAAAUCGCAUACAACACGACCUACACACGCGCCGGCCUCUUGUACCGCGACCUCGGCCUCGCAUGUCCGGCGUACUGGCUCUCCAGCGCCGCGAAAAAAGGCUGGGUGAUUGAAUACACCAUCAGCCCGGCCAAACACGCUUCAGACGUGCAGUACUGGAAUACGAUUGGUGAGAUACAGAAGACGCAUGCGGUGACGUAUCAAGGCUAUGCGGGCGCAAUGGCGAGCUUUGUGCAGACGGGCGAUCCGAAUGUGCAUAAAGUUACUAAUGCGAGUAUCGUGGGUGUGCCGGAGGUUCGGAGCGGGGAGCAGUUCUUGGUGACGAGUGGGGGGUUGAAGAAUGGUUCGAUUGGGAUGCUGGAGCAGAGGUGUGCGUUCUGGUUGAGUGUUGCGGGGAGAGUGCCGGUGUAG